AGUAAACCUAUAGGAUACUCUCCGCUUGUCCCAAAUCAGCAAUUUAGAGCGCACUUUAUUCCCUUGCUGGUGGGUGAACGAUCACAGGGCAUCUGACGCUUUUUAGCACGUGACUUAAAAUAACUAUUGAAAAGAAGCGGCAAGUGCAGUUUGAACAAGUGAAACUUUGUCUCGCAUACGCCCCGUAUGACUUGUUCAUAUCUUGGCUCUUGCUAUCUGAAAUAAGACUUUCGAAGAGAACUUGUUUUGACGUUUUAUAUUUUAAGUAAUCUAUGUAUGCUUUGUUAUUGCAUCUGUGAUGUCUGACAGCAAUAUUUCUAGCUUUCUACACAGCAAGAAUCAAAACAUGUUAUUACUUCAAAGAUGCGAGCUGCAGAGCUCUGGUGGUGAUGGUGAUGAAGACAGGAGACUAAAAAGAAGGGAAAAUAACAGGGUGGCAGCGAAGAACAGCCGAAAAAAACAGACACAAAGAGCGGAUGAGCUGCAUGAGGCAUGUGAGUGUCUGGAGCAGAAGAACAGGCAGCUGAAGAAGGAGGUGCAGUUUUUGUCUGAGGAGCAGAGGCGUCUGACAGAAGCCCUCAAGGCCCAUGAGCCUCUCUGUCCCAUUAUGCACUGUGUUGCCAACCUGGGGUUAGGGCCUUUGGGGCCCAGGGAUGUAGAGGUCCCCUCCUGUCUGCCCAGAUAGCCACUAUACCAUGCCAGGACCACAGAGACAAACCAACGUGGGAGACUUAAUAGGUCACAUUAUAUGUCCUCAUCUGCUCUUUUUAUUCUCUGCGUCAAUUAUUAUUGUACAGCUUGAAUCAAGUUGUAAUCAAAUAAUUAUAGGCUGAAGUAAUGAUCUUUGUUUCAGAUGUUCAAAUUGCUUUUCCUGUUUAAAUGUUUUGUACAAUACAUUGCACAUAAAUUGCAUAUCCCUUUCCCAUGAGACCAUUUCCCUUUGCUUCUGAUAAAUGUGGUUACUUGUGUUUUGGUUAACCAAACUGGUUUACCGUUACCUGGGUUUGACCGUGUGGGAACUUACUUAUACUUUACCAGAAAAAAAUUAACCAUUAAAAUGUUUCUGGUUUCUUAGUCCCUAAUCUAAAACAUGUAAUACACUGGCUAUUACCAAUGGAUUUAUGCAAUUCAACACUUAAUUUAUAAAAUUACAGAAUCAAAUCACUUAAUCCAAAUAUCAUAUUUACAGUAUUAUUAUUAUUGUUUGUUAGCUCAUGUUAUUACAUUGUUAUAGAGUGUACCCACCCUCUCUUUCCUAUAAUGUGGGUAAAUACUCACUAACCUCAUUACGUCUUCUUCUCAUAACUUAAAAAAAAAUUGUGAAUUUUGAAGCAUGCCAUUAUCAUUCACUAACUCAAUAAAGGGGGGAAAAGAUUGGGAAUUCUUGUCACCAUCAAUGAUCUACAGUAUGUAUGGUCUAUCUUGAUGACAUGACUGCAGGCUUCUCUCAAAUGUUAUUAUGAAUGGAUGGAUACAUUCCUAGUAGUAAUUGGCAAGGCUUCUUCUACUAAAUGCAGGCUGACCACUGAGAGACGUGAAAGACUCUUCAGCCACACAGGCAGUGCAUUUCAUACCAGAGGAAUCUAUAGACUUCUGCAUACUGCAUUUGAGGGUGAUUG